AUGUGCGUGCCCCUUCAACCACUUACUGUUGUCUGUGAGUACAUGCCACGAGGUGACUUGAACAGCUGCCUGCGUCGUUUCAAAGCCGCUGAAGACUCUGGAGGACGAGAAGAAGGCGCUCUCUUGGUUGAUCGCUUACUUUACAUAGCUGUUGACAUCACCGAAGCCAUGAUAUAUCUGGGAUACAAGUCUUAUGUUCACAGCAGGCGUGUCCCGGGUCGCUACCAGCAGAAUGUCGGGUCGUCGGUGGCGCGUCUCGGCAACAGAAUGCCGCCUUUAGCGGUGGCAGCAUAUUUAAGGGCCAGUAGUCAUUGUUCCUUAUCGGCUCUCCACGAGUGGCCUCCACAGGCAGCCGUCAUGCCUCCAGCCAUCGUGUCCUGUCAUCACUGCCUGUCUGCUUUACGUCUUCCUGCAGCAUCGCGUGUUCCCUUUUUGUUAUCCUGCCUCGAGGACAGCGCGAGUGGUGGGCCCUCCUAA